GAGCCAAGACUUGGCAAGAGUAGCAUUUCUCCACCCAGCCGUCACACUCACAGCAAAAAGGCAAGUCGAAUUCUUGAACGCCACCAUUUGGAGAUGAGCGGAGCAGAAGAGCCGAACGCCAAACGAAGCCCAAACAUGACGGAGGUCAAGUUCACGAAGAUCUUUAUCAACAAUGAGUGGCGUGACUCGGUCAGUGGGAAGACGUUCCCCAACAUCAACCCGUGCACUGGGGAUCUGCUGUGUGACGUGGCUGAGGGAGAUAAGGCUGAUGUCGACAUUGCUGUGAAGGCUGCACGCGAAGCGUUCAAGCUCGACAGCCCAUGGCGGAGCAUGGACGCUUCCGAUCGUGGUCUGCUUAUCUCCAAGCUCGCUGAUCUGAUUGAGCGUGAUGCUGAAUAUAUUGCUCACCUGGAAACACUGGACAAUGGCAAGCCAGUCAAGGAUGCCAGGGGUGACGUCGGUCUCUCCGUCAAAUGCUACAGAUACUACGCUGGUUGGUGUGAUAAGAUCCAGGGCAAGACCAUUCCUAUCGACGGAGACUUUUUCUGCUACACUCGCCAUGAGCCGAUCGGCGUUGUCGGUCAAAUCAUUCCCUGGAACUUCCCGUUGCUGAUGCAAGCCUGGAAGCUCGCCCCGGCACUCUGCUGCGGCAACACGAUUGUGAUGAAGCCGGCCGAGCAGACCCCGCUGUCCGCUCUCUACAUUGGCUCACUGUGUGCGGAGGCUGGAUUCCCGACCGGAGUGGUGAACAUCGUGCCAGGCUACGGUCCAACAGCCGGUGCUGCUAUCUCUGAACAUUACGAUGUGGACAAAGUGGCUUUCACCGGAUCCACAGAGGUCGGUCAUAUAAUUAUGCAAGCAGCUGGUAAGACCAAUCUCAAGAACGUCACCUUGGAGCUGGGCGGAAAGAGUCCUAACAUCAUCUUUGCUGAUGCCGACUUGGAUCAUGCCGUUGAGACCGCUCACUUUGCUCUCUUCUUCAACCAAGGACAGUGUUGCUGUGCUGGAUCACGUACGUUUGUUGAAGAAAGCAUUUACGACGAGUUUGUGCGACGCUCAGUGGAGCGUGCCCGCAAGAGAAAGGUCGGAGAUCCACUGGCUGACGAAAGCGAGCAAGGACCUCAGGUGGACCAAGUUCAAUUCACGAAGAUUUUGGAUCUGAUCGACUCUGGCAAGAAGGAGGGUGCUAAGUUGGAGUGUGGCGGUAAACGUCAUGGAGACAAGGGUUUCUUCAUUCAACCAACUGUCUUCUCCGGUGUCGAAGAUGAUAUGAGAAUUGCCAAAGAAGAGAUCUUCGGUCCAGUGAUGCAGAUUAUGAAGUUCAAGACCAUUGAGGAGGUGAUCGACAGGGCCAACAAGACUGUGUAUGGAUUGGCUGCCUCCGUCUUCACCAAGGACAUCGACAAGGCUCUGCGCGUAGCUCAUGCCGUUCGCGCAGGCAGCAUGUGGGUGAACACGUACGAUGUGUUCCGCUGCAAUGCUCCGUUUGGUGGCUUCAAGAUGUCCGGUGUUGGUCGUGAGCUUGGUGAAUAUGGCCUACAACAGUACUCGGAGAUCAAGACGGUUGCCAUCAAGGUCACUAAGAAGAACUCUUAACUGGAACAAGACCGCUCACGGCAGUGACCCUGUGGUGCAUGUCUGCUACAGUAUUCCGGGCAGUGUGGUCUGCUCAGGAUCCCUGGUGACGACGACGUCCUGUACAUCACCACCUUGCUGCACUGUCGUCGUUUGUCUUAGCGCCACCGCAUGUAUGCCUGCGAGUGUGCACAUGCAUGUGUGUGCGCGUGUGUUUGUGUGUGUGUAUUAGUGAAUGUGUGUAUGCGUGUGUGUGUGUGUGCGUGUGUUUGUUUGUGUACGUGCCUGAUGUAUUACGUCUGGUGUCUGGAAGUUUCUCUUACUUUGCCGAUUAUUCCCCCCUGCUUGGUCUUGUCCCGCGAAUAACCUGAGGGCGACCGACGCUGCAAUCUCUCGUGUUUUACUCUCUCUCUCUCUCUCGCGCUUCUUUCUCGAAAUGCCAUCCGAGAUGCGUGGAAAACGCGCGAUCUUUUUAGUUAUUUUUACCCCCCCCCCCCCCCCCCAUUUUACUCUUCUCCUGCUUCCCUUUUUCUCGGUUGCUUUGAGCACUACACAAGCGCCGCUGUGGUUUUUAUCCGAAGCUUGACUACUUUCCUCUCAGAGAAACACACUA